CUGCCUAUGGUUUGACUCAUUUCUGCCAGUCAUCUGACAGAAUAGUAAAUUUAUAAGGAAGAUUUGUUCUGUCUUCUCUGGUGCUCGUCUUUCAAAGACCAGCCCCGAGGGCUGCGUAUGGUCCAGUGGCAGAACGUUCAUUUAGCAUACACGGAGCUGUGGGUUUGUUCCCGGCACAGGGCGCUGUGAGCACAGACAGCAGUAUAGGAAGGGUUAGGACUGCUUCUGGUCUCAGUGAGGGUGACACACGGUAGCAUGGUUCCCUAAGGAGGAGCAGCAUCCAAACAUUGAGGUGAUGGUUGAAUUCUUUUAAAUGGCUGCCGUUUUCAAAGCUGUCUCGAUGGAUGUUGGACCAGAGGGCAGGGCAGAGCUCUCAAGGGACUUCCUAGACUACUCCUUGGUUGCCAGAUGUGGACAGAGAGAAAGAAGCCUGUUAGUCACCUCCAGGUGCUAAAUUCAGAGACCAUGUGUUGUAAAGAUAAAGUCUGAAAGCUCAGUGUGUACACGGGCAUUCUUCCAUCCAGUUGAAAGCUCCCUUCAGACCUGUGGGUAGAUGUUGCAGGCCGGAAACUUUGUCCUGUCGGCUGGUCCGACUUGCUCCUUUGGUCUCUGCCUUGGGACACACGGCGGCUGGUCCGACUUGCUCCUUUGGUCUCUGCCUUGGGACACACGGCGUGACUUAUCCAUCUUUCCUCUGAGCUCUUCUUUUAGUUAAAAUAAAUGUAGAAAACAGUGCCAGAACCACACCAAAGUGGGGUUGGUCCUCAAUGAGGUAGUUACGUGCAGUAGUAUGUACUUGAGAGUGACCAGGUGAGGUUGGGGGCCGGUGGGCAGGCCUGGGUGUACCCCCGGCAGUCUGCACACUGCCUGCCCUUCACCAGUCUCCUGGCCGAGUGGGCAUUCAGAUGGAACUCGAGGCGCUGCUUAGCUUACAGUCCACUGAAGAGCACUGUCCCGUCGGGUCUGUCGUAAGUACUCCUGUCUGUCCUGACUACUCAUCUCUGUAUCCUUUGAUGUUAGAGUGAGACCCGGACUUAGCAUCGCAGAAAUGAUCAUUUGAUGAACUUUGCUUAUAGUCUCCGUCCAUGUUUUCUAAGUCAAAAGCGGUUUUUGAUUUUCACGUAGAGCUUGUGUGCGGUUUGGUGGGAGUUGGCCUGCCGUGGACCGAGAGCUACACGCAGUGCUUGUGUCCUCCCAGUAACAAGCAGGUCCUCGUGCUGGAAAGCCUGAGAAAUGCCAGUGGCCUGACCGCAGCAGACAUUGCCCAAACGCAGGGUUUCCGAGAGUGCACCCAGUUUCUCUUGAGCCUCCGGAACCACCACCUGAGCCGUUUCUAUCAUAAUGGCGCUUUGAGUGGGAGUCACGAGAGUGUGUUUCCCGAUGGCGUUAGUGUGGGAACAAAUCGGAAGCGAUGCCUGGAGCACGUGGGAUCCUGCGGAGUGAAGAAGGCUAGAAUUGGAGCUCCAAGCCUGGACUAUGCCAUGCCACUAGUGAACGGUGAGAUUGAAGACGACGCGGACAAAAUGCACAUUGAUAGAGAGCUUGCCGCUGAAACAGAUAUGAAACACAGUAGCUCCACGCCGAGCACAUUGACAAAUGGAUGCGUCGUCAAUGGACAUAUGGACUUCCCCUGCGCGGCCCGGCCCGGUGGGAUGGACGGCGGGAGCGGCCCGUGCCUAGCGGGCCCUCUCCGCGCUCGCGCUGGCCUAGCCCCGGGCCCCGCGCUGCCGGGCGGCCCGGCCUCCGUCACCGAAGGCGGGACCGAGGACUUGGAGAAGGCGGCGGGCGCCAACCCGGAGCUGUGCGGCUCUCUGCACCUCAACGGGAGCCCCAGUAGCUGCGUGGCCAGCAGGCCCUCCUGGGCAGAGGACCUGGGGGACAGCUUGCACUACGGCCACUACCACGGCUUCGGGGACACCGCCGAGAGCCUCCCGGAGCUGAGCAGCGUGCUGGAGCACUCGAGCUGCGUGCGGGUGGAGCAGCGCUACGACUGCGCGGUCCUCAGCGCCAUGCACCUGCACCACGGCUCCUGAGCCAGCGGGGCAGCCUGCGCUCUCCCCCCCGGGCCCGCGCUCCCCGGCCCGGCCGCCCCCUUCCCCGGCCCCACUGGCGGGGCGCCCCUCCUCUCUGAUACUGUCACCACGGUUGGGCAUCUUUCUUUUUGCGGGUCGGGUUGUCCCUGGCGCCUGACGGUUCAUCUGUUUACACGUGGGCGCUGUCUCAGAACACGUGCGUUUUACUCCUGUCGCGUUUGUGGCCACACAGCGAUUUCCUAUGCAAGGUGCAGCUUUAUGAUUUCAGGCGGCGAACCGCGGGAAGGGAAGGACUUGCGUCUUUUCCCAGUGUCUUUUCACUGAAACUUUGUAACUUGUGCGGCUCUAGUUUUAGUUGUAGAGGGCCCUUGGGGCCCAGACCUCUUGCCUCGGUUUCCUUAGGAGCAGGCUCCGCCGGGGUGAACACAGAUUUGAUAUUUUUACUCCACAUUUCCUACCGGGUCGCUGUAGACUUUUUACCACAGAUAUGUAAAGGAAAUUAGUGUUUGUAAUAACUGUGGUCAAAAUACGGAACUAUUUUGACUUUUUUUUUUAAUUUUUUGAGGUUUUCUGCUUUAAAGUAUAUACUACUUCUCUACACACACACACACGUCCAUUUGACGGGGGGAAUUUUUAAUCUCUCCUCCUAAACUGCAUUAAGUUUAUGAUUUUAUAGAAAUUAGCUUUUGUUUUUAGUCUAGUGGUUUCACUGUGCAAAUGUUGUAAUGUUUUUACUUUUCUGAUUUUUGUAAUAACAACUGGUGCAGAUACAAAAACUGUCAAAUGAACAAUGUUCUAAGAGUGUACUAACAUUUUGCUUUAAAGCUGCUCUUUAUAAGUUGAAUUAAAAAUCAGAACUCACAGCCA